CUAAAAAGCAAAGCGCAGCAAAGUGUCCACACAAAAACACUUUUGCAAUUGUUUUCUGUUACAAAUUUUUGUCAGUUCGUUGUCGCUUCGUCUCGCCCCCGACUCCGCCUCGUGCGUGUGCGUGUGACAGUGUGUGUGUGUGUGUGAAAACAAAAAUUAUCAACUUAAUAAAAAUUUUCGAAAAUGCAUAUGCAAACAACAAGCAACUUGCCACUUGGGCGUAUUUUUAAACAGUUUUUCUAAUUAAAAUCAAAUUGCAACAUAUAUUUUUGUAAAAAAGCAAAAGCAAAAAGAAGGUGAAACAGCAAAACAGCAAAACAGCCGCAAAAAUAUAUCAAAAUAAAAAUAUUGUGCUUAUAAUUGCACAGAUUAAAUACUCAUAAAUAGGCUGAGGCCAACAACAAAUUAACCAAAACAUAUCGCUCAGCUCUUCAACGAGAAUCUAUCUACAAAUUCGUCGAGUUCAAUUGCCUCAACACAAAAAGAAAAAGAAAAAAUAACCCAAUAAAAUAGAGAAACGGAAUGAGCACGAGAAGCUGAGAAGAAAAGAGCAAGGGAGCAUAACCGAGCCGACAUCCAACAACGACAACAAAAACUAAAAAAAAAAAACAACUACUCAACCUGAGAAAAAUGUCAGCAAACUUAGUACAAAAGAAAUCAAACAGAAAUAGAAACAGAAAAACGAAACUGAGCAGCAACUACGAGAAGCAGGAAAAGGAGGCGGAGGAGGAGCAACAGCAGCAGCAACAGCUACAGCAGCAACAGCAGACGGAAACGAAGCUAACAAGAACGAGUCCUACACAUAUUGCGACCAUAUCGCUGAUGCUGCAAUACGAUAUCGAUAAUACGCUGAAUGCGCUCAAGGAGCACACGCAUUCAAAGUCGCGGCAACGCAAUGCGCUAAUGGAUCUGGCAACAAACAACCACAGCAACAGCAACAACAGCAACAGCCAUAAUAACAAUUGUAAUCACAACAAAGACGAGGAUAACAAUCUCGAGGAGAUGCCAUCACAAACUCCAAUCUCAGCGGGCAGCCCCAGUGUCGAGGAGGAACUCGAAAUGGAGGACAUUGUCACGGGCAAAACCUGCGUGGGAGUCAGCAAUGGGUUUAUGCCGCCCACGCCGCCAGCCACGCCCAAUUUGCAGAACACGGCGCAAAAACGUUGGCGCAUACUUGCCAAAGUGCUGCGCAAAGAUUCCGAGGAAACGGUGAGCUCCUCCAGCGAUGAAUUUAGCGAGGAGCAAACGGCAUCGGUGCGACGCUUCAAGAGUUUUGAUCUGUUGCGUCAGGACAGCUUCGAGGAUCAUGUGAGCCUCAAGUGUUUGGGGAAGACGGAGAAUUGGUACAAGUAUCGCAUGCAGCUGCACAACGAUAUCGAGUACUCGGUGAACAUUCAUCACAUGGAACGCCAGCUGACUGCCAACGAUCUCAUGGGUUUCAACAACACCGGCAACAUUUGCGUCUGGCCCUCGGAGGAAGCUCUCACCGCUCUGGUGCUGUCCGAUCUGGCGGCGUAUCGCGGCAAAUGGAUCUUGGAGCUGGGCGGUGGCUUCACCUCGUUGGCCGGCCUCAUGUUGGCCAAGUAUGCCAAACCCUAUGCGGUGCAUCUGACGGAUGGCAACGAGGUGAGCGUGGAGAAUGUCCGCAAGACUGUGUGCCUCAACGAGCUGAGUUGCUACACCAAAUGCUCGGUGCUCAAGUGGCAGGAAUCCGCAGCUCGUGCCCACGCCGAGCAGGCCAAGUUCGAGUACAUCUUGUGUGCGGAUUGUCUGUUCUUCGACGAGGCUCGCUCCGCGCUGGUCGAUACCAUCUGGUAUUAUUUGGCACCCCAUGGCAUUGCGCUCAUCAUGGCGCCGCGCCGUGGUCGCACGUUGAAUGUGUUCCGGGAUGAGUGUGUGGCACGUGGCUUCCGCGUUGAUUUGGCCACGCGCUACAACGAGACCAUCUGGCAACGGCAUCUGCAGCUCAAGACGGACUCGGCGCUCUACGAUGAGGAUCUGCACUAUCCGCUGCUCUUGCGUCUCUGCAAAUCGCACAGCUAGAGCGAUGAAGAGGAAAAGAUAGAGGGGUGCGGGGCUACUAAGAAAAAAAAAAACAAA